AUGAAAGUGGCCGGUGUCUCGGCGACAGAGUUGAGAACACUCUGCAACCGCUGGCAACUCUCCAAACCCCUCGAAGACAUGGCACGAAGGAUUGUAUUCCCAACGCACCCAGAGAACUAUGCGGUUAUGCAUUCCCCAGGAGCUCCCGUCAGAAGUGGGCCAGACUGUGGGGUGGAGGUCAUCGGGGACCACAUGGCCAAGGUUCGAUCUGUGGAUCUCAUGGUCAGCGGAGAGAUUCCCAGGUGGAUGUCGGCGCAGCGAGAUGACAAUUAUGAAAUGGCGGAGUACUUCGUCGCGAAACUUGAGAGUGGGAGCAAGUUUUUCUAUAUUAUGAACGAAUUCAUGGAUACCGAGGGUGGUUGCAGGAUCAAGCUGCGGGCCUUUUUCCCCUCUGCUUCGCCAUGGUCAUUGAUCAAUCAACACGCCGAGCAUCUUGCGGUCGAGUUUCGAAAUCUUCUCCGAAUCGUCCAUGAGGCCAUUGAGGAACUUGAAGACAGCUAUUGA